AUGACGUCAUAGGCGACGGCGGCGGCGGCUCCCCCCGUGUGUGUCGGUGGUGGCGGUGGCGGUGUCGUUGUGCGAGUCGGUGUUGUUGUGUGUGUGUGUGAGUGUUGUUGUUGUGUGUGAGUGUUGUUGUGUGUGGGUGGGUGUCUCCUCCGUGGUGCACGCGCGGACAACAACAACAACAACAACCUGUGGGAUACGCGCGUAGAAGCUGCUGCUGUUGUUGUUGUUGCUGUUCUAGCCCGUGAGAUCAACAACACAGUCACCUCGGCCCCUUGUGCCAUGGCGGCCGAGAUUCACACGGAGGCGAGGGUGCGACGUCCACUGCUUUUGGCGAAGAUCGAAGGCUCCCAGGAUGUGGUGAACAUGGCAACCAUCAUCCCCAAGGAGGAUGGGAUCAUCAGCGUCAGCGAGGAUAAAACCAUACGCGUGUGGAUCAAGAGGGACAGUGGCCAGUUCUGGCCCAGCGUGUUUCAUUCGAUGCCAGUGGCCUGCAGUACCAUGUCCUACAACCCUGAGACACGGCGACUUUUCGUGGGCCUCGACAACGGAGCCGUGGCGGAGUUCUCGAUGUCUGAAGACUUCAAUAAAAUGACGAGCACCAGGACAUACGCUGCCCACCAGCAGCGCGUGACCGGCGUGCACUUUGUGCUCGAGUCCGAGUGGGUGCUGAGCACGGGUCAGGACAAGCAGUUCACGUGGCACUGCUCGGAGAACGGCACCCGCUUGGGCUCGCACCGCACGGCCGCCUGGGCCUCCUGCCUGCAGUACGACGUGGAGUCGCACUACGCGUUCGUGGGCGACUUCGCGGGCCAGGUGACCGUACUGAAGCUGGACGCGGGCAGCUGCAGCAUCAUCACCACGCUCAAGGGGCACACGGGGAGCAUCGGCUCUCUGUGCUGGGACCCCGUGCAGAAGCUGCUGUUCUCCGGCUCGUCCGACAACGCCAUCAUCAUGUGGGACAUCGGCGGCCGCAAGGGCACAGCCAUCGAGCUGCAGGGACACAGGAACAAAGUGCAGGGCCUGUGCUACGCUCAGCCGACGCGGCAGCUACUGUCGUGCGGCUCGGACGGAUCCAUCGUCGUGUGGAACAUGGACGUGCGGCGGCAAGAGACCCCACAGUGGCUGGAGAGCGACUCGUGCCAGAAGUGCGCGCAGCCCUUCUUCUGGAACUUCAAGCAGAUGUGGGACAGCAAGACCAUCGGCCUGAGACAGCACCACUGCCGUAAGUGCGGCAUGGCGCUGUGCGCCAAGUGCACCGCCCAGCGCUCCACCAUCCCCAUGCUGGGCUUCGAGAUGGAGGUGCGAGUGUGCGACCCCUGCUACGAGUCCAUAACCGACCAGGACCGCGCCCCCAUGGCCACGUUCCACGACAGCAAACACAACGUGGUGCACAUGCAGCUGGACCUGACGCGAAGCUGGCUGCUGACCUCCGGCACCGACAAGGUCAUGAAGCUUUGGGACGUCGCGUCCGUCAUCUCGUGAGGGGGGUCACGCCGGGUCACGCCGGGUCACCGGGCCUGGCGCGGUCGACGUGGAGGUGGGAGAAAGUGAAGGUGACGACCGUGACGAUGACAAUGAAGAAUAUGAACCACCGCCACCACCGCUGCUGCCUGCUACACUCAGAUCUGCCGCCGUCCCGGACUCCACCGAUCGAUCGCCAGGGUCCUCCUGCUCCCGCGUGGGGAACGUGGCUACGUUCCGCGCGGGGGCGCUCAUCCAAUCUGCGAUAUCUUUACUGCACGGCACGCGCACACACGCACACACGCACACACGCACACACGCACACUCAUACUUGUGCGCAGACACUUAAGACGCGCACGUGUGCAGACGCGUACAGGCAUGUGUUUGCAGACACGUAUACACAUGCCCACAUGUGUCCAGAUAUUUGUACACACACGUGCGCAUGCACACACGUGCAAAUAUGCAUAAUAGUACUCGCGUGUGCGCACACACGUACAGGGAUGCAUGUAUAUGCACACAUGUGCAGCAACACAAGCAUAUACAUGCGCAUGCAUACGCACGCGUAUACGUUUGCCACAGACACAAAUGAAUGCGUGAACACCGAUACGCACACACACUAACACGUGCACUCACAUACACGUGUAUGAAUGCGCACGACUAUACGUACACACACAUGUGCUUGAACACAGCUACACACAUCUGUGGACACGCACAUACACACACACACACAUAUAGUCACGUGUGCACACAAACAGCGACUCUCUGCAGCCUUAUAGACUUGAUAGAGGCACAUGCUGUUAGCGAGCACCUAUUGAGGUCAAAAUGGCGCACACGAGGCUGGUGCCGCCAGUGGUACAAGCUGGCUGGUGUUCACACACCAACACUCGGUACUCAUUUAGGGCCAAGUUCACCUAUUGGAGGUUCGGAUAUCGCUCGCCACCGAUGUUAGCCACGGCCGGGAAUUGAACCCAGGUCAGCGAGAUCGUAACGUGGUGCGGGGGAACCGCUUGCGACGCCGCUCCCC